ACUGGCGACGUGGCUGAAACACCGGGUUUCAACAGACCGGGGUGAUUCAAACAGACAAACCCGCUACUCGCUAUACUUAAACUAAAGCUGCUUCUAGACUUCAAACGCCUCUAACAAGUAUUUUAUUUUAAACACUUGGACUACCUCACGGUGUAACCAUGUCGGGAAAGGUGAAGAGCCGAAAUGCCGCAAACGCAGACGGUAUAGCCGGUGGUGUGUCCUGUGAUGAGCGCAUCUUACGGGAUAUUCAUCAAAUGUACAUGGAUUCAGAGAGCGGAUUGAUUCAAGUGGCUGAAUCUGUUGGUGUGAAAUUGCUACCACCCAGGAAAAAAAUCACAGUGCUGCUGAUGGGCAACCACUCGGCUGGGAAAAGUUCCUUCAUUAAUUGGUACGUGGAGGAGCACAUCCAGCGCACUGGAGUGGCCAUUGAGACCCAGGGAUUCAGUUUUGUCACAAGUGGCCGCAAGAGAGAAUCUCUCACGGGAAAUGCAACACUUCACUUAUAUCCUCACUUCAAGGCUCUGCAAGAGUUUAAAGGUGUAACGGAGUAUUUGAGCACAGAGAUCUGCACGUCCCGACAGAAACGGUUCAGCCUGGUGACGUUUGCCGAUUCCCCAGGUUUGGUAGAUGGUGACAUGAAAUAUCCAUUUGACGUGGACGAAGUUAUCCUGUGGCUUGGUGACCUUUGUGACCUUAUUCUGGUCUUCUUUGACCCCAUGGGUCAGGCCCUGUGCAAGCGCACGCUCAACAUCGUCGAAAGCCUGAAUGAAAAACACAGCGAUCGACUGCGUUUUUAUCUGAGCAAAGCUGAUGAAGCCGGCGGAGAGUCAGACAGACAGAGAGUAAUGAUGCAGAUUGUGCAGGAGCUCUGCAAGCGGCCAGGGCUCAACAAAUGUGGGUUUGAGAUGCCCACCAUCUACAUUCCCAACCCGAACAAGCCCAGCCGCUGUGUGAACCAGAUCGAGGACGUUUGUCGUACGAUCGAGAAGACCAUCAACCAGACGGUUCAGAAUACGCUCAACUCUCUGGAGAGGGACUGUGAGCUCAUUGGCGAGGCCGUCGCAGAUAAACUCAAUAAUGACCGACAGACCAGUUUGGAGAACAGACGAGCGCGUUGUAAGAGCUGCUUCCUGACCCUGCUGGGUUUCAGCGUCCCUCUGGCUUUGUUGGCUCUGCUGAUCCUUGGCUCUGUGUCUCGGGAGCUUCUGGAGAUGGCACUGGGCCAUGAAGGCACUGAGGCCCUCUCACUCUACCUGACUCCCAUAGUGAGAGUAUACGAGUCCCUGACUGGAGAGCAGCAGCUCUACGUCUGCGGCGGCCUGGUCCUUUUGUCCUUCCUCCUGCUCAUCUUGGCACGCUUCUCCUUCAGGACUCGCUCGACUCUUUCGGGCAAACAGAAGCGGCAGCUUCAGGAGAAGCUCGAAUAUGUUCAGGAGGUGGUGAAGAGCAAAAAGAAAAAGCUGUAUGAAGAAUAUUUACGCCAGAGCGUCAGCGAUCACGACAUGGACUUGUGAGGAAAACGAUGGACAUUCCCACCAUGAUCUGGGACCUUUAUUAGCCACGGUUUUACACCAAAUGACAAGUCGCACAAAACCAGCCAGCCAUUUGUUAAUUUUUAUUAAAAUCGUUUUCAGAGUUUACCUGUUGGACCAUGUUGAAGCUGUUACAAACACUACCUGCAGACCAGAUGAAUAUUGUUACGGAUUAGUUCUUGUUAGCACUUGUAUCCUGUGCCUCUGCUCAACUCUAAGGAAUUCAGGAAAAUGCCACUUUUCAAAAAAAGCUCCCCAACUAUUUAUACUAACACGAAGCACUGAUUUCCAUGAGUCACUUUGUAUGAAGACAUUUACCAGCAUUUUCUACAAUGAUUUCCAGUUCUGUAACUAUCA